AUGACAACUCAGAUAUACGGAGGAGAUGAAAUUUCUGCAAUUGUUUUGGAUCCAGGAUCACAAUAUACUCGUGCAGGAUAUGCAGGAGAAGAUACUCCAAAAUGUGUUAUAGAAAGCAAUUAUGGCCUUUUAACAGAAGAGAAUGAAUCAAAAAUAAUAAUAGGAGAUAAUUUUAUAUAUGCACCACGAUCUGGAAUGGAAAUUAGGAAUCCUAUGUCAGAGGGGAUUGUUUGUGAUUGGGAUAUUGCAACACAAAUCUGGUCAUAUGCAAUACGAACGUGCUUACGAGUUGAUCCAGUAGAGCAUCCUUUACUUGUAACUGAACCAAGCUGGAAUCCUCCUAAAAAUCGUGAAAAAACUAUGGAAAUUGUGUUUGAAAAAUUUGGUUCUCCUGCAUUCUAUCUUGCAAAAAAUGCAGUAUGUGCGUCAUUUGCUAAUGGCAAAUCUACUGCACUAAUUCUUGAUGUUGGUGCUCAAGUAGCAUCUGUUACACCUAUUUAUGAUGGUCUUGUUUUAAAAAGAGGUGUUAUGAAACAAAACCUUGCUGGGAAUUAUUUAUCUGCUCAAGCUCGUGCUUAUUUUCAUAGAGCUAAUAUUCCUAUUGUUCCUCAUUAUAUGGUUAAAAAGAAAAUUCCCGUUAAUGCAGGUGUACCUUCUAAGGCAGAGUUACGUACAUUUUCAAAUAUUCAUAAUAGUUUUCAUAUUUUUCAACAAGAUCGUGUUAUGCAGGAGUUUAAAGAAAGUAUAUGUCAGGUUUUUGAAAGAUCGUUAAGUGAAUCAAUACCUUCAUCUCGACCAGCAAAAGCUUUUGAAUUUCCUGAUGGUUAUAAUCUUUUAAUUGAUAUUGAUCGAUAUAAAAUUCCUGAGGUUUUAUUUAAUCCUUUAUUUUUGGUUACUGAAUCUCCCGAAAUAAUGCCUCCAGAAAAUUCUGUUUCUUUAGCUCAAUUGCUUUAUAACAGUGCAAUGGCAUGCGAUACUGAUAUUCGGGCAACAUUAUUGGGAAAUAUUAUUAUAACAGGAGGGACAUCUUUAAUACAAGGAUUUGGUGAUCGAAUUUUAACAGAACUUCAGAUUUUAGCACCAGGGAGUCGUAUUAAAAUCAAUGCUUCGGGUAAUACAGUCGAACGAAAAUAUGCGUCAUGGUUAGGAGGUAGCAUUUUAGCUAGUCUAGGAACAUUUCAUCAAUUAUGGAUAUCUAAAAAAGAAUAUGAUGAAGAAGGUGACCAUGUUUUACUUAUUGAAAAAAGAUGCAAAUAA